GACUACCAGAGCUUCUCUCUGUCCAACAUUCUAGUUCCAAGGCAGAACUCUCUUCUGUUCCAGGUCACCAGAGCCUUCAGCCUAAUGAGAGCCACAAUGAAACUGAAGCAAGGAUCAUUUCUGUGGUACCUCUAUCUGGACAAGCUGUACUGCCUGUUAUCUGUGAGGAACGUGAAGGCCUUGCUGGAAUAUUUUCACCUUCUUGACGUACACCACAACAACACAUUGAACGAUGUGCUGUUCUAUCACUUCCUUCACCACGUGACCAGCUGGAAACGGACGCAGAUCAUGGUCGUGUUUAACAUGCUGGACUGGAACGCUACGGGCGAGAUUGGUUUUGACCAGUUCUACAUGUUGGUAUGCAUCCUGCUGGCACAACAGAACCACUUGGAAGAGCAAUUUAUCUUCCGCCAUUCCCGGCCUGUCUUUGAGCUGCUUGACCUGGACGGGGAGCUGAGAAUUGGUCCAGACAACUUCCACAUGUACAACUUUCUCUUCAAUAUUAAGAAACAGGACCUCAAAGAGCUCUACCAUGACUUUGACAUCACAGGUGACCGUCGUCUUAAUUACAAGGAAUUUAAGCUGUUUACUAUCUUCACCAUGGACAAAUACCAGGAGAGGCAGAAAGCAGAGAAAGAUGAAGAGAAAGGGAAAAAGGAUCUGCUCAAAAAGAAAAGGCUACAUCAAGUUAAUGUGAACCUCAAACAGUUUCUUGGAAUAAAUGUAUCUGAAAGUAGAAUAUAA